GCAUCUGCAAUAUUGAUGUACCGCAACGCACUUCCUGCUCACUUGCCAUGGUGAAUCUGUUUUUUCUACCCUUGAUUUUCUACACUUGAUUUUCCGCCUCUUCACGUGCUGUAAUACUGGCUUUUUCAGCGUUGGUAAAUAACGGUUUCAUAUUGAAGCAGCAUAGCCCUUCUCAGCCGAGUACGAACUUUACAUCUGCCAAAUCCCUCCAUCCCUCCAAGCCUCCCUACCUCUGCCAGCUUGUGAAGUUCUGCAGAAGAGGAGGAAUCCGGAGCUGCUGUUGAAUACGGCAAGGCAUUUCUGGCAGUCAUACGGAAGGGGUCUUGCCUCAGGCGAAAUCCAUCUGGUGGUCCUCUUUCUCCUUCAUCCCUUCGGUGCUCUGCAGAAUGUUCAUGUGUACGCUGACGCUUUUCCUCUUGGGUGCAUCAUGAGCACUGGCUUGCACGGCAUCUGAUUAUGCUUGAGGAGCCUUAAUAGAAAGAGGCGAGAGCACGAUACGACGGGGAUUAGGUCGUUCGAAGGGUGUAGAAUCACAAAACAGAUUCAGAGUUUAGGAGUUUGGACAACAAGAGGGAAACAGAGUUGAAGUCGGGGCUGGUUUAAAAGCUGCGGAUUCACUCUAAGAGACGAGUCGGAGGACUUGGCGAAGAAGUGAAAUUGCAGUUGCAGGGGAUACUAUAGAGAAGGCAAGCUGGAAGAAAGAGGAGUAAAAUCGGAUUGGUUAGCGAGAACGCGUGCAGACAUGGCGGUAACGCCAAAGUUUGAUACGUUGAAGCCGCUACCCGCCCGGAGGCACUCGCUUGACAUCGUGACAGGGCGAAGAACCUCACGUGCUAGCUUCUCUAUGAAGCGCACGAAUGAGUGGGUAUUAACGACGGAUGUUCCUAGCGACAUAGUUGUCGAAGCCGGGGGUAUGAAUUUCUCGUUACACAAGUUUCCAUUGGUUGCAAGGAGUGGACGUAUAAGGAAACUUGUAGCAAAUUUGGCAGACAGCGAGAAUCCCAAUUUGCUGCAGCUUACAGAUGUACCUGGUGGUGCCGAAGCUUUUGAUCUAGCUGCUAAGUUUUGUUACGGCAUCAACUUUGAGAUCACAACGUCAAAUGUAGCUGUAUUGCGAUGUGCUGCGGAGUAUUUAGAUAUGACAGAAUCUUACGGAGAAAACAACCUGGUGGCACGAACUGAGGCCUUUCUUUCAGAGGUCGUCUUACAAAGUUUGGCGGACUCCAUUGCUGUUCUACAUAACUGUGAGAAUCUUCUUCCACUUGCAGAAGACCUGGGAAUUGUGAGCAGGUGCAUAGAGUCUGCAGCAACGAAAGCUUGCAGGGAACAGAACAGCAAUGCCGUUGGUCGCUCUGAAUUUGGGGGCUCAGGUCGUUCUGAGAAUUUUAAGCUUUCCAGUAGCAGUAACCUUUCACAUGCCAGCAAAGUUCCCAUGGCAGACUGGUGGGCCGAAGACUUGGCUGUUCUGCGUAUUGAUUUUUAUCAAAGGGUUCUAGCUGCCAUGAGAAUGAAGGGCUUACGGGUAGAGAGUAUUGGAGGGGCGCUCAUGCAUUUCGCUCAACGAUCUUUGAAAGGACUUAACAGAAAACAAAACGGGCGAAGCGAUUUGAAACCUCCAAAGAUAAAGGUUCAUGAUACUUCUACAGCAAUGGAGCACGAACAACGUAUUUUGGUGGAAACUAUUGUCAGCUUGCUGCCUCCUGAAAAAAACACAGCGUCGUGCAGCUUCUUGUUUGGAUUACUCCGAACAGCAAUCAUUUUAGAUACAACCUUGGCAUGCAGACUAGAUCUCGAGAAGCGAAUUGGGAUGCAACUGGAGCAGGCUACUUUGGAUGAUUUGUUAAUUCCUUCCUUCUCCUACACAGGAGAUACCUUGUUCGACAAUGACAUAGUUCAUCGUAUCGUUGUCAACUUUCUGCAACAAGAUGACAGCGAAGAUUCACAAGUUGCUCAUCCGAUGUACGAUUCAGAUGGUGGAGGCUCUCCUUCUCAGAGUGCAAUGAUGAAAGUAGCAAAGCUUGUUGAUAGCUAUCUAGCUGAAAUUGCACCUGAUGCAAACCUUAAGCUCUCCAAGUUCAUUGCUCUGGCUGAAAUCUUACCUGAUUACGCAAGAGUUGUGGACGAUGGACUAUACAGAGCAAUCGAUAUUUAUCUCAAGGCACAUCCGGCAUUGUCGGAGGUAGACCGAAAGAAAAUAUGCAAGUUGAUGGAUUGCCAGAAACUAUCACAGGAGGCUUGCACACAUGCAGCCCAGAAUGAAAGACUACCGGUGCAAGUGGUUGUUCAAGUUCUUUACUUCGAGCAGGUGCGCAUGCGAAAUGCUCUAGCAGCAGGAGCUUUUGUCGAUGCAGUAGACUCUGGUGGUGGACACUAUCAGCAUCGAUUGGGCAGUGAGAAUUUGAGCGCUUCUCAUUCACCAAAAGAAAAUUACUCGGUCAUUCGACGAGAGAACCGAGAAUUGAAGUUGGAACUGGCUCGCAUGCGAAUGCGAUUAACUGACCUGGAAAAAGAUCACGCCUUAAUGAAGCAAGACAUACAUGAGAAACCAAUCAAGAGUUCCAAGUCAACAGUUGGUAGGAAAUUAAGCAGAUUGAACCCUUUUGCUCGCAGAGACUCGAAGGACUUGAGCUCCAGUAACGGGAGUGGCAAGCCUGUUCAUACCCCAGACCCUAGUUCACGAAGUGGGUUUGGAAGAAGACCGCGGAGGCACUCAAUCUCUUAGUUUUGCUCUGGCUUCGCAGAUUAGACACAAGUUUACCAGCACUAAAAUGAAGUUGGGGAAGUGAUUCGUUUGCAUGCGCAUGAUAGGAAGUCACCUGUUCAUGCUUUUGCGACGCCUGUACAUGUGUACAAUUAUAGAGGAACUAGGUUGGGGCUUUGGGCUAGGGUGCGGGCUCUUAGCAGGUGGUAGCCUGCGCAGGAGCAUGAAAUAAUUAGACGUAGAAGGAAGGUCCAGCUAGGUAAGAGUCGCUAAAGCUGCUUUGUAGCAGUAGGAAAAGGUAAAUUGGUAGAGAGCACUGAAUUUUGAAUGUCAUAAGUUAGAUCACUUCCCUUUGCACUUCUAAGCUCUUUUUUCUCCGGCUGUCUGCGAUUAUUGAGUUGUGACGGAGUGUUCAAAUAUGUGAGGUGUUAGAUACAAAAAUGACAACCUAGACAAGUUUCGUAUAUAUUUUGAAAAAAUUAAUAAGCAUUCCAAGUUCAACAGU